UUUGUGUUGCUGGCAGAAUCCUAGCCACCUAGCUGCUAGUCGUGUUACGAAAAAGACUUGUGAAAUAGCAGCGAUGUCAGUCCAGGUUGUGGCAGCAAAAAUGGCCGAGGUCGAACUGAAAGAUGUCCCCAGCAAAGAAGUAACACCUGAAUCUCCUCUGACACCAAAGACAGAUGACAAAGGGAUUGUUGAAAACGAAUCCAAUGCUGUCGUUACUUCGUCUACGACCCCAACUACGGAGCCUACCGUAAAAGCCGGGGAUCCAAGCCCAGGUUUUCUCACCCCGAACCCGAUUAAGAUGCCGCAGGCGUCCGCGAUGAAACGGAUAGAUCCACAACAAAACGGCGGCGAAGCUUUCGUAAAUCGCGACGGUACGGUGGCGGAAGCACCACGAUUGAAAAAGAUCCAGUUUGCGGACCAGAAACAAGAGUUCAACAAACGUCCCACCAAGAUCGGACGGCGUUCCCUGUCCCGCUCCAUCUCCCAGUCGUCCACAGACAGUUAUAGCUCAGCCGCGUCGUACACAGACAGCUCCGACGAUGAGACCUCUCCUCGAGACAAGCAGCAGAAGAACUCCAAGGGCAACGGAGACUUCUGCAUCAAGAACAUCAAGCAGGCCGACUUCGGACGCCGGGAGAUUGAGAUCGCUGAGCAAGAGAUGCCAGCCCUCAUGGCUCUGAGGAAGAGGGCCCAGGGAGAGAAGCCUCUGGCUGGAGCCAAAGUGGUUGGCUGCACCCACAUCACUGCUCAGACCGCUGUGUUGAUGGAGACUCUGUCCGCCCUGGGGGCUCAGUGCAGAUGGGCGGCCUGUAAUAUCUACUCCACUCAGAACGAGGUGGCAGCUGCUCUGGCUGAGGGAGGGUUCUCUGUGUUUGCAUGGAAGGGAGAGUCUGAGGAUGACUUCUGGUGGUGCAUUGACCGCUGUGUCAACCUGGAGGGGUGGCAGCCCAACAUGAUCCUUGACGAUGGAGGUGACCUGACCCACUGGAUCUAUAAGAAAUACCCCAACAUGUUCAAGAAGAUCAAGGGCAUCGUGGAGGAGAGCGUCACUGGGGUACACAGGUUGUACCAGCUGUCCAAGGCGGGGAAGCUGUGUGUUCCGGCCAUGAAUGUCAAUGACUCCGUGACCAAGCAGAAGUUUGACAAUCUCUACUGCUGCCGAGAGUCCAUCCUGGACGGUCUGAAGAGGACCACUGAUGUGAUGUUUGGAGGAAAACAGGUAGUGGUGUGUGGGUACGGAGAGGUUGGUAAGGGCUGCUGUGCUGCUCUCAAAGCUAUGGGCUCCAUCGUGUACGUUACAGAGAUUGACCCCAUCUGUGCCUUGCAGGCCUGCAUGGACGGCUUCAGACUGGUGAAGCUGAAUGAAGUCAUCCGACAAGUGGACAUUGUCAUCACCUGUACAGGCAACAAGAACGUGGUGGUGAGGGAAUACCUGGACCGCAUGAAGAACGGCUGCAUUGUCUGUAACAUGGGGCACUCCAACACUGAGAUCGAUGUGGCAAGCCUGCGGACCCCAGAGUUGACCUGGGAAAGAGUGAGGUCACAGGUGGACCACGUCAUCUGGCCUGAUGGCAAGAGGAUAGUUCUCCUGGCCGAGGGUCGUCUGUUGAACCUCAGCUGUUCUACUGUGCCCACCUUUGUACUGUCCAUCACCGCCACAACUCAGGCCCUGGCUCUGAUAGAGCUAUACAACGCCCCUGAGGGACGCUACAAACAGGAUGUCUACCUGCUGCCCAAAAAGAUGGAUGAAUAUGUGGCCAGUCUUCACCUCCCUACUUUUGAUGCCCACCUGACAGAGCUGAGUGACGAACAGGCUAAGUACCUGGGCUUGAACAAGAACGGGCCCUUCAAGCCCAACUACUACAGGUAUUAAACCAAUUCUGAAAUGAAGAAAAGAUCAAGACUCCAUGAAUCAAAGAAAACCCAGAGGAAAUGAGAAUUGAGAGGGGUAGGAGUAGGGCUAAAUUGUCACACACCUGCUUUUUAUAGAACGGGAAGGAGCUCUUAACUGACAGACAGAGCGGAGCGUCUUGCUUUACCUGCGCUUCAGCAGUGUUUAUUUAUUUACGCUAGAAUAACGUAACUCUAAUUUUUUUGAGCUGCUCUGGCCAUUUUGCGCUCCUUAGGGAAUGUCUCCUGGACAUUCAACCGUUUCAUCUUUGUCUUCUCUUCGCUACUUGUGUCCGUCAGUCGUACGUUUAAAAAAAACAUUUACGAAACCUUUUUUAUUACCUGUUUAAAAACUAAAGAUGAAAAACUAUGGAUGAAAAAGAUGAAGAAAAACAAAAACAAAAAAGAUUUAGUGAUUGGAUGCGUCCUUCCUGUUCUUUAUCUUUAUUUACUACGCUUUUUUUUUUUUUUUUUUAAAGACAAAAUGUAAAGGGGAUAGAUGGGGAGGGUGGUCAUUGGGUCCAAUCAUAUCCUCUCUUUUUUAUUUGAUCUUCAUCUAAGUGUUUUUUUUAUGCGUUGGUCCUCCUGUUACCUCCAGGCACCAGUAGUUAGUGCAGUUAAACUGGAGAGUGACGGUGUUGGGCCGGGUUCCACUCCUAUGAUUGGUUGGGACCCUUUCUCCCAGAUGUCACUCAAACACAGUGAAUCCAUCUCAGCUGCCUGUGUCACAGCCUCUCUGUGAUUAACUGUGUUGCUCAGCUUUCGAAACGCUCAAAUAAUGAUGCCAGUGUUGAAGUUACAUGAAAGUAUUCAGCAAGUAAGAGUUGAUCAGCGAUGUCCACAGAUUUCCAUUUCAAAGCAUUAUACUGUGUUAGAUGCAUGUCAGGUUUUGGAGAUCAUUACAUGGGGUAUAUAUUUAGAUAUUUAUAUAGAAAUUACGAUUUUUCAAGAUUUUCCUCAACCCGUUUAUUAUCUUACUUUUGAAAUCAGACAUGUAUGUCGUUAUAAAGAUAACCAAUUAAAUGUUCUAUGCUAUGAUAAAUGUAAUACAUGUUCAGGGUGAUCUUUAUGUUUUAGAAUACUGUGACACAGAGUCUAUUUCAUUAUUAUACCAAAUGUAUAGCCAGUCUGGUACCAGUGUCCUACAUGGUAAGUUGCUGUAAGAAGAACUGUACAGUACUUACCGGGCCAGAGCCAGUUGGUACAUAUAGCCAUUGUCAGGGGUUAGUUGUGAUUUUACCUGCAGUGAGAUUAUAACUUGAUAACUGGAUCAUUACAAAUGCUUGUAAUUAGUUUGGGGACCUACAUUUCAGAUUUCAUGUUCGGGAAAAAUGUUUGUCUUUUCAGACAUUCGUCUCCUUCAUCGUUGAAAUAUAUGUAUUUAUGACUGAGGAAAAAUCUACCAUUCAUAAGAUUUGGGGUCAUUUGAGUAUUUUUUUUUUUUUUUAACAGGGCCAAAGUCCUGAUACGAUUUUUAGCCCAAGUUCAAGUUCUCAUGUGUUUAGAUGAACUAUUUUAGGAAUCCCACAUGCGGUGGUCUUCACCUGAACUGAAGAGUUCAGGUUUUUAAUGGUCGUAUGCGUAGGAUACUCAUGCAUACUAAAAUCCCCUACCAGGCCAGCUGGGAGCAACCAGCUAUAUUGACUUUUCCUUGAAUGGGAGACAGCAGCAACCCCUUGUUAAUUUUGACCACAUUAUGAAUCCCAAAAUGUCUCGGUUGUGUUUGUCAUACUCGUGAGUUGCCGUUGUGCAUUGGUUUCCCCCCAGCCUCCACAACCAUCCCUCAAAGCUUGUCUGACAUUAAACUUGAUGGUCUCAUCUGUUAGAAGGAUGUGUUAUCGCGGUAUAGACAACCCUUUGUCUUAAGUUUCCAUGUGUUUCAUGUGCUUGCGUUUGUAUGAUGUUGUGUGAGUGAACGUUGGCAUGUGCGAAUAUCUGCGUGUGUUAAGGUCAUGUGUCGUAGGACAUGAUUGCUUUGAUGCAGUUCAUCCUAGCCUGUGUUUUUUCGAUAACGUGGCCUGUUUUCCGAUCAUACCCUGUUUUAGUUUUUUUUAAUCAUCAUAGCCUGGGGGGGUGGAAGUGGGGAGUGGGUGAUAUGGGUUCCAAUAGCUGCAUCACCUGGGCGUGGUUGACACCAGCAUCCUGAUUGGUUCAUUCAAAAGUGUAGGA